AUGGCCAGUACAGCAUGCUUCGUGAUUGUAAGUAAGAACGACAUCCCAAUCUAUGAGGCAGAGGUUGGAUCUGCACCCAAAAAAGAAGAUCUGGCUUAUCACCAUCAGUUCAUCCUGCAUGCUGCGUUAGAUGUUGUUCAGGACCUAGCAUGGACCACAAAUGCAAUGUUCCUGAGGUCGGUUGAUAGAUUUAAUGACCUUGUGGUGUCUGUUUAUGUAACCGCUGGUCAUACUAGAUUCAUGUUGCUUCACGAUUCACGCAGCGAGGAUGGAAUAAAAAGCUUUUUUCAAGAGGUCCAUGAACUUUACAUCAAGAUAUUCCUCAACCCCCUGUAUCUGCCCGGCUCUCGCAUCGCAUCGUCUCAUUUCGACACCAAGGUGAGGGCUCUCGCGAGGAAGUAUCUGUAG